CUGUCUGGCAUUCUUGAACCUCUUCGGCGCUCACGAACUUGACUUCGCACACCCGGUCUCGGCGAGCAGAAGAGAACUUCCUUAUUUGUUCAGUUUUGUUCUCUAAUGCUCUUCUCGGCUUGUGUGCUGUGAUUCUUAAUAGCGAGAAUGAAGUUCAUUGAAUUCUAAGUGAGAUUUGUAUACAAUACUUCUCAAAUCAGUGCGCGCCCUUGUGAUUCUGAAACUUGAAAGUGAGGUGCACUGUUUCAUUAUUUUACAGAUUAAUUGGUUUGAAGUCGUUCCUCUCAUUUCGAAGUUGUCGUGAGUGCACUUAUGUUGGAAAUGUAUAAGCUUCAUUUGUGACAACCGCUACCUAAACCAAGCAUAGUUUGCCAUUGCUCUCCUCCCACCAGCUCAUCAAAACCAAUGAAACCAAGUGUUAUGACUGAUUAAGUAGAAUCUUUGAUUAUAUGAGAAAAUAAGUAGCCUAGACCGUGUGCUGAUUAUGGGAUGUAUUACACAGUUUUAUAUAUGUGAGCAGUGCACAUAGGCCUCCUGAUAAAUGUAAAUAUUACGGUAUAUAGUCAAGCUUGCAUUUUAAAAUAAAUUUGAGAACAAACUUUGGCUGUAAAGCAAUACGACACUUUUCCGCAAAGAAUAAAAGAGAAACAAGACCACCAUGAGAGAAAUAGUUCACAUCCAAGCCGGUCAGUGUGGCAAUCAGAUUGGAUCUAAGUUCUGGGAGAUCAUCAGCGACGAACACGGGAUAGAUCCGUCAGGGUUCUAUUCGGGCAAAUCGGAAAUCCAACUGGAACGCAUCUCGGUCUAUUACAACGAAGCCUCAGGUGGCAGGUAUGUUCCGAGAUCAGUCCUCGUGGAUCUCGAACCGGGCACAAUGGAUGCUGUCAGAUCAUCGCGUUACGGUCAGCUCUUCAAACCAGACAAUUUCGUUUUCGGCCAAAGCGGUGCCGGAAAUAAUUGGGCGAAGGGUCAUUACACCGAGGGAGCAGAACUCGUCGACUCUGUUCUAGAUGGAAUAAGGAAAGAAUGUGAAAACUGCGACUGUCUGCAGGGAUUCCAGCUGGCCCAUUCUCUGGGUGGAGGGACGGGAUCUGGAAUGGGCACUCUGCUUAUUUCCAAAAUCCGGGAAGAAUUUCCAGACCGAAUUAUGAACACGUUCUCUGUCGUUCCCAGUCCAAAGGUGUCAGAUACGGUCGUGGAGCCCUACAACGCCACCCUCUCCGUCCAUCAGUUGGUGGAGAACACAGACGAGACCUACUGCAUAGACAACGAGGCCCUUUAUGAAAUCUGCUUCAGGACUCUCAAGUUGUCCACCCCGACUUACGGCGACCUGAACCACCUCGUUUCUCUCACCAUGUCAGGAGUCACGACGUGUCUGAGAUUUCCAGGUCAACUGAACGCAGACCUCCGGAAGCUGGCUGUGAACAUGGUUCCUUUCCCGCGACUCCACUUCUUCAUGCCGGGUUUUGCGCCUCUGACUGCUCGAGGGUCCCAGAGCUACCGAAACGUUUCUGUUCCGGAACUUACGAUGCAGAUGUUCGACGCCAAGAAUAUGAUGUGCGCUUGUGAUCCUCGUCAUGGGAGAUACCUGACUGUGGCAGCUGUUUUCCGCGGGAGAAUGUCGAUGAGAGAAGUCGACGAGCAAAUGCUGAACGUGCAGAAUAAAAACACGGCAUUCUUCGUGGAGUGGAUACCGAAUAAUGUGAAAACUGCCGUUUGUGAUAUCCCUCCCAGAGGUUUAAAGAUGUCCGGCACCUUCAUCGGCAACACGACGGCCAUUCAGGAACUCUUCCAGAGGAUUUCCGAUCAGUUUUCGGCCAUGUUCAGACGGAAGGCUUUCCUUCACUGGUACACGGGAGAAGGGAUGGACGAGAUGGAAUUCACGGAAGCUGAGUCGAACAUGAACGACUUGGUGAGUGAAUACCAGCAGUACCAGGAGGCCGUGGCAGACGAAGACGAAUAUGACUACGAGGAAGAACACGACCACGAGCAGUAAAAGGCGAAGAGAAGACUGCAGGAAGGAAAAUAUAGAGGAAAUAAGUCACUAACCGGAGUUAAAACAAGAGCGGUGGAAAAAGGAAAACGUGAACUAAAGAGUGAAUGUUGUUGAAGAGCGUUCGUGGUCUGUACAGGUUACUUUCUAAGGGUGAGAAAUCAAGCAGUGUGUUCAGUGGGAGGUCAGGCUGCUCCGGCUAGUCAUGGUCACUUGAAAAUUAAAAGCAAAAGUAAAUUACAAUAGAAAUAUUGCAUAGUGAGAGUAAUUUGUGACUGAGAUGAGAGUAAGAAAUUUGUUACAAUAUUGGUACUUAAUGAUUGAACAGGGUCAAGUUUCACAUAAAAGUUAUAAAUCAUAUAAUAGCAACAACAGUAGUACCGAUCAUUACAAUAAUAACUUUAAAAGGUAUUUUAAGUCUCUCUCUCUCUCUCUCUU